CCUCAUUAUCAUAAAUUAUUCAGCAUCAUCCAGCUGCAUCUCACUCAGGUUGAGUGCACACAUGUGCAAGAUAUUAUCUUUAAUUUUAUUUAUAACUAUUGAUAAUGAGGCAUAAUUUUAACUAGGAACACAGGAACGAAAAGGAUUUUUUUUUACAAGGAAACUUUUUAUAUUCAAUAAUAACACGAAGGACCGUUUUGGAUUACCUGCCCACCCUCCUUUUAAGAAUUUUCAGCUUUUGUUGAAGACUUUUUGAAUGCGUAUUGUUUAAUAUUUAAAUUAAUAUUCAAUAUGUGGACCUUUCUUGGCAUAGCGAGUUUUACAUACAUCUAUAAAAAAUGUGACGCGUUUGUGAAUUCAGCGCCGAGAGAUCUGUUCGUGGCCGCAGUUGUGUGCGUGGCCGUGGGUCUCAUCAUUACGUGUUUCGGGUUCCGCGCACAGGGGCAUAAAGUGUCACAUUUAUUUCAAUUUCCUCUUCAAAUUCUUACAACCAUCCCUCUGACACUUUUCUCUAAAUUGAACACAAACAGCUCGAAUCGCACUUCAAAGAAGAGAGAUGUAAAACCAAAGAGAUCUACCCACUGUCAGUGUGCUCAAACAGAGGAUCCAGACAUCAUUAUAGUUGGUGCUGGCGUGCUGGGGGCGGCCAUGGCGACGGUUCUGGCCAGAGACGGUCGGAGGGUCACAGUGGUGGAGAGGGACAUGCGAGAACCGGACCGGAUAGUGGGGGAACUUCUGCAGCCAGGAGGAUGCAAAGCACUUAAACAGCUUGGGCUGGAGGAUACUGUUGAAGGUCUGGAUGCUCAUGUGGUAUAUGGUUAUGUAAUACAUGACCUGGAGAGCAGGACAGAAGUGGAGAUCUCAUAUCCACAAGAGGAGAACAACAUUCAAGGUGGACGGGCUUUUCAUCACGGCCGCUUUAUUAUGGGACUGCGCCGUGCUGCCCUCGCUGAGCCCAAUGUGAAGUUUGUGGAGGGAACAGUGACUAGCCUGGAGGAAGAGGAGGGUUGUGUGACGGGAAUUCAGUAUCGAGAGAAAGAUUCGGGAAUUACAAAGGAGAUCUACGCUCCUCUGACCAUAGUGGCCGACGGAUGUUUCUCCAAGUUCCGUAAAAAUCUGAUCUGUGGGAAAGCUAAAGUGUCCUCUCAUUUUGUUGGAAUCGUAAUGAAGAAUGCUCCUCAGUUCAAACCCAACCAUGCAGAACUGGUUCUUGCUAACCCGAGUCCAGUUCUGAUCUAUCAGAUCUCGUCCAAUGAAACUCGAGUUCUGGUGGACAUCAGAGGAGAGAUGCCCCAAAACCUGAUGCAGUACAUGGCCGACAAAAUCUACCCUCAACUGCCAGAUCAUAUAAAGGAGCCUUUUAUGUCGGCACUUCAGAAUGAUCGCUUGAGAACGAUGCCUGCAAGCUUCCUACCACCAUCACCAGUCAAUAAACCAGGGGUUUUGCUUCUGGGGGACGCGUACAACAUGAGACAUCCAUUGACCGGUGGUGGCAUGAGCGUUGUGCUGAAUGACGUCCGUAUCUGGAAGGAACUGCUGAAGAACAUCUCAGACCUGUAUGACAACAGUACUGUGCUCCAGGCUAAGAAGAAAUUUCACUGGGAAAGGAAAUCAUCUCACUCAUUUGUGGUGAACGUUUUGGCUCAGGCUCUGUAUGAACUGUUCGCAGCAACUGACAAUUCACUACAUCAGUUGAGAAAUGCCUGUUUCCAUUAUUUCAAGCUUGGUGGAGAGUGUGUCAAUGGACCGAUUGGUCUCCUGUCAGUAUUGACACCGAAGCCCUUGACUCUGAUUGGUCACUUCUUUGCCGUGGCCCUGUAUGCCGUUUACUUCAACUUUAAGUCUGAAUCCUGGCUUACAAAACCGCGGGCUGUCUUUAAAAGUGUGGCUGUCCUAUACAGAGCCUGCGCUGUGAUGUUUCCCCUCAUUUACUCUGAAUUACAGUACCUGGUUUACUAGAAGAAAUGAACUCUCUGUUAAUUUGACUUUGUCCUAAAUUGUAAAAAAAAAAAUGUUGAGCGCAUCUGCAAAGUGAUGGCUACGUCCAAGUGCCUUCCGAGUUAUUUCGGGUAAAGAGGAAUGCCUGUUUAAAAAAGAAAAAACCUCAGAUGAGCAAAGUGUAAAAUAUGAAAUGGUUGUUUGCCAUCUAUGACUUUUUCCUAUUAUCAUCACAUAUAAUAUUUAUACAGAGACCCUGACUUUUAUUCUCAUACACUGCUGAUGAUGUUAUGAGAUUUGCCUUAUUCUUACAUUUGAAUGAGAAAAUAUC